UUUUGUUUUCAAAUGUUUUAAUAAUCCCUGGCACUCAACUCCCUUGACCCAUUCCUCACUUAUUGAUUUGUUUGCCAGCAUUCACACAUAUUCAACCAAAUUUUACAAAAUCUGUGAAAUUUUCUCAGUUUUUUGUUACACUCGCUUAACUGUGUCGACGAUCAAUUAGCUAUGCGCAUAAAAAUAAAUUGAGUGCCAGCGAGAAGCCUAUAAAGCCAGCCCUUGAUUAACCUUGAGCCAGCUGCUGACGCUUAAGGAUGCUCUAUAAGACCAUCAAAGUAAGUAAGUAAACAUCUCAUCAGUUAUAAAAGAGCAAUGCUAGUCGUCUCCUAUAUUCAGUCAUUAUAAGCAAGUCCAACAGACAUCAAGCUAACAAAAUGCUUCAAUUAAUGUUAAUCUUCAUCUUCAUCCUUAAAACUUUACAAAUGUCAGUAGAGGAACCUGACGAAAUGACGAUCCGUGAGUUCUACAAUAAAAUGAUUAACGACGAUGAGGCCAGCGAUUAUUUCAUUAGAACUGAGGAUGAAGACUGCCUCAAAGAGAAACUAAAACUUAAGAAGCCUGAAAAUGAAAUUCAACAAAAACUCAAACUUGGCGACUUGGAAUUAAUCCUUAAAGGAGCUGGAAUCAGCUGUCAACCUAACAUCGAACAAAUAAUUUUAAAGAACUUUAUUGAAAAUUCCGAGAAAAAAUGGAAAGUCAAUGAAAACAUCGACUUUGAUUGCCUUAAAAAUGAGAUUUAUAGGCUGCAACCAAAUUUGAAACUUAUCCAAGGAUUCGAUCCAGCAACAGUCGCAGAUAAACAAGAUUUUUGUAAGAAGAACCUCGAAAUGGUUGAAGAAGACUUCGAGUGGCAAAUGGCAAUACAAAAUGGCGUCCAAGGAUUGAAUGAAUAUAGGCAAUGCUUAGAAGUUGAUUAUAAUACUUAUAAAGUCAUUCAUUGUACGAUGUUAGUAAUCAUAUCGAAGACUGUUGGAGAUGAGAACAUUCAGGCAGGACGGAAAGACAUUGUCAACUUCCAAAAGAAUAUUGGAUUAAGUCAGUUUGAAUGCAUUAUGAAUAAGUUGGGAAAAUAAAGUUUAAAGUUGUGCAUUAUAAGCUUUGUA